AUGAUUUUAGACAAACACUUCAGGUUGAAUACAGUGAUACAUUUUCAGGGUCUGCAUGGAGAGAGGGGACUACCAGGCCUCAUUGGAAGAAUUGGUCCAAAGGGCUACCAAGGAGAUCCAGGUCUCCCUGGUCCCACGUACUUUCAUAAUGGCAGUGAUGCCAGAGGUGCUAAAGGUGAAUAUGGGUAUCCAGGAGCGUCUGGACUCCCAGGAGACCCCGGGGAGAUGGGCAUGCAUGGACCUCCUGGCCCAUCAGGGUUAACAAUACUAGUGGCGCCAGGUCUGACUGGUCCAACAGGGCCCCGAGGUCCAAAGGGCUACAAGGGCGAACCAGGGAGGUAUGAAGAAAUCAAUCCAUUCCCAGGACAAAAGGGAAUUAAAGGGCUCCCCGGACCUAAAGGUGUCACAGGCCGCCCUGGUCCUCCAGAUUAUUACUGUGAGCCUGGUUACCCUGGCGAAGAUGGUGACCCAGGAUCCCAAGGACCUCCUGGACACAAAGGGCUGAGAGGAAUUAAAGGUUGUGAAGGUGGAUGUGAAUGUACAUCUGGUGGGGGAAGAAUAGGGCCCCCUGGUCCACUUGGUUUUCCAGGACCUCCAGGGUUACCUGGAGCUCAAGGACUUAGGGGGGACCCAGGACUUCAAGGAGAUGAUGGACCAAGAGGACCACAAGGCUUUCCAGGACUUGCUGGUGUAAAUGGACAGAAGGGUCAGAAAGGUGACUCUUUAGUGUUGGGUGGUAAAGGUGCCAAGGGUGACCAAGGACUGUCUGGUCAACAGGGCCCUCCUGGAGCAACAGGUAGGCCAGGACUGGAUGGUCCCCCUGGCCAUUCAGGAGACCCUGGACCACCAGGUGCUGGAUAUCCAGGAUUACCUGGUCCCAAAGGUGACCCUGGGGUUGUUGGACCCAAAGGUUUUCCAGGGAUCGUAGGCCCCACAGGUCUUGGUACUCCCGGCCCCAUAGGGCCACCUGGACCUAAAGGAAAUCCGGGACAUACUGGCCCCCCAGGAAUUCCUGGACGACCAGGCCCUCCAGGUGAAAUUGAGGAAUGCUGUCAUGAAAUUGAGAUUGGGUCACCUGGUACUAAGGGUGAGCGAGGCAUCCCAGGGAUUCCAGGUGAGCCAGGGAGAGAUGGUUUUCCCGGAAUUCCGGGACACCAAGGUGUUAAAGGCAUGAAAGGAGAUGAUGGUGAUUAUGUAAGCCCUGGACUGCCAGGACCUCCAGGUUUAAAUGGGGAUCCAGGUGACCAUGGUCCUGUUGGGGAUAGCCUGGAUGGCCCUCCAGGCUCUCCUGGGUUAUCAGGACUCCCAGGCAGGAAGGGUGCCCCAGGAGAUGCCCUCUUUGCCAGUCAAGGUGCCAUUGGCCCACCUGGCCACCUUGGGGCAGUGGGGGCAAAUGGACCUCGUGGCUUUCCUGGAAACCCAGGGUCUCCAGGCAUACAAGGCCAACCUGGACAACCAGGCCGUAAAGGAGAGCCAGGAUUCAAUGGUGACCCUGGUGCCACUGGUUUCCCAGGCCCACCUUGUACUAUUUGUGACCUGCAUGGAGUUCCAGGCCCUCCAGGACUUCGAGGAAACCCUGGACUGAUGGGAGUACCAGGCUACCAUGGUCAGAAGGGUUUAAAGGGACAUAUAGGUCCACCUGGUCAUGGACAGAAGGGUCCUCGAGGUUUCUCUGGCCCUCCCGGUGUACCAGGCCCACCUGGACCAAGAGGCAUCACUGGCUCUCCAGGAGAUCCGGGGCUUGAUGGCUGGCCAGGACCAAAAGGUGAAACGGGCUACCCUGGCAGGGCUGGAGCAAGAGGUAUAUCAGGUCGUCCUGGACCCCCAGGGCCCAGAGGCUCAAAGGGCAUAAGGGGAAUACCCGGUGACCCAGGGCCUGAUGGACAGCUUGGUCCGGAAGGGUGUAAGGGCAGCAUUGGUGCUCCAGGCAGGUCAGGAAUACCAGGUCCUCCUGGACACCCUGGAAUCAAAGGUUUCCCUGGUCCAAGGGGAAAUCCUGGGCAUGGUGGAGAUCCGGGAGAUCCAGGGCCUGCAGGACAAAGGGGUAUACCUGGGCUACCAGGAUUUCCAGGUGCCAAGGGGGAUCCAGGACAGUCUUAUGGACAACCUGGUCCACCUGGACCCAAAGGAUUUCCAGGGGAAAAUGGACCCAGUGCACCCAGAGGGAUUCCAGGAGAUCCAGGUGACCCAGGACUCAGGGGAAGGCCAGGACAGCCUGGACAACCAGGCACUCCGGGGGAACCAGGAAGACAAGGAGGACUAGGCUUACCCGGGCCUCAUGGCCCACGAGGCCUUCCAGGUUUUCCAGGUAUUCCAGGUGAUCAUGGAGGUCUGGGACCAUGCGGUCCACCUGGCCCAUAUGGGCCUCAAGGGCCCCGUGGACCACCAGGUCUGGAUGGAUUGAAUGGGCUAAGAGGGCCAAAAGGGAUGAAAGGAGGAUGUGGCAAAGCUAUUCAUGGCCCUCCAGGACCAGAUGGUUUUCCUGGGCCCAAAGGCCUGAGGGGCCGCCCAGGCCCUCCAGGAGACUAUUUUACUUGGCCCAAAGGCCCAAGGGGCCUUCCUGGUGACAAAGGUCUUCCAGGUUUACCAGGGGAACCUGGUUACCCUGGCAAAGACUGCACAUCUUCACCAGGACCCUGUGGAGAUAUAGGAUAUGAAGGACCUCCAGGACUCCCAGGUCCUCCUGGGAAACGGGGCCCUCCAGGCCGCAGCAUUUUGUCCAUAGGAGACCCAGGACCCAAAGGUUUCCCUGGGUUACCUGGUCGUAAGGGAGAUAGGGGCUUCCCAGGACCUCCUGGACCUCAAUACAAACCUGGCUUUGACGGUCCAAAAGGUGAUAAAGGUCGCAGUGGUACCAGGGGUGCUCCAGGACCCAAAGGUCAGCAAGGCCUACCUGGGCCCUGGGGUCUCAAGGGACAAACUGGCCCAGCUGGAGAAACAGGUGUCAAAGGUGCUCCCGGUGAUUCCAUCAGACUAUGUGCAGAGAAGGGUCCUUCUGGCCUUUCAGGACCACGUGGUUCCCCAGGAUCUAAGGGAUUCCCUGGCGAUUUGGGUCCUCCUGGAUCUCCAGGACAUAAAGGAGAGAAGGGUUCUAUAGGGUCUGUGGGCUUCCCUGGUCUACCAGGUCCUGCUGGUCCUAAUGGUCCUGUCGGAGACCCAGGAGAAGCAGGUCAGCGAGGAUUUACUGGACCUCAAGGUAUCCCAGGUGCACCGGGUGAUCCAGGUGGGCCAGGCUGUAGGGGGGCACUGAGAUCAGGCUUCCUUUUGGUUAUUCACAGCCAGUCAGUUAAGGUGCCGCUGUGCCCUGCAGGCAGCAGUCAGCUUUGGGCGGGCUACAGUCUGGCGUACUUGGAGGGACAAGAGAAGGCUCACACACAGGACCUGGGCCAGGCUGGCUCCUGCCUCCGCGUUUUCUCCACCAUGCCUUUCUCCUACUGCAACAAAGCUGCCUGUCACUACUCCAGUCGCAACGACAAAUCCUAUUGGCUGUCCACCACUGCUCCCAUACCCAUGAUGCCCCUGUUCGGCCAGCACAUCAGCCAGCACAUCAGCCGCUGCGUUGUUUGUGAGACAGUUUCUCCCGCAGUGGCUUUUCACAGCCAGGAUCAGACGGUUCCUGCAUGCCCACCUGGCUGGAGGAGUCUGUGGACGGGUUACUCUUUCAUUCUGCACACUGGGGCAGGUGAUAAAGGGGGCGGCCAGUCUCUGACCUCUUCUGGAAGCUGCCUUAAGGAUUUCAGAACUCAUCCCUUCAUAGAGUGCCAGGGCCCACGAGGCUCCUGCCACUACUUCACCAACCUCUACAGUUUUUGGCUGACUACUGUGAGUCAGACAGAGCAGUUUAACGCCGCGACGCCCGACACCAUCAAAGCAGCCGACCAACAGCGACGCAAGGCCAGUCAGUGCCACGUCUGCCUCAGAGAAAAAUAAAGGUCUUCUCGUCACUUUUAGUAUCAAAACCUGAUUCUGAUCACCACUCAGGUCUAUAUUUAGAUUAUAUUUAGUGACAAAUGGCAAUUUAUACCGUUACUUUUAUCUGAACGACUUUUCUUUUUUCUUUUUUUUCAUAAACUACUGCUUUUGUGUCAUUAUUUAAAUAAGGUGCUAUUUCUAAAGAAAAAAAUGUUUUAAUAGUUGAUCAUUUUGCUGCUGUACUCUAAGCUUUUGUAUUCACCCACUUUUUCAGAUGGUGUUCUUCAUCCUUUAUGAGAAAUAGUAAAAAUAUCCUUCCUUCUUUAUUUAAGUUGUGCACCUCAAUU